AUGUUCCUGACCUGCGAAGGGACCUUCGGAAUUGUUCCGACUACCAUGGAUUACAAUGGGGAAGCCAGGCCGGGGGAUUUUCAUGCUGGCUAUCAAGAAAUCGAAGGGAUAAACUUGGGAUACUUACAGAUCAAUGGCACCCAGAUGUUUGCACUGGCCCAGGUCCUCAAUGACCUGUUUAAGGAUAUUCCCAGGACCACCAUCAGCAAGAAGAUGGAGACCUUAAAGAUCAAGAGCCGGCGCUGCGAUCUCAAGGAGCUGCGGACCCUCAAAGCCAUCAAUUCGGUGCCCACCCGUGCCGUGAAGUGCUCGCUCAUAUCCAAGGCAGACCUGGAGGCUCUGUGCACCUCCUGCAAGAGCCUCAGCCCGCGCAGGAGGAAGAGGAAGAGGAAGAGCAAGCGGAGGGAGCAGCUGCUGCUGCACGAGCCGGGGCAGCUCUUCUCCUGCCGAGGCGGGGGCUGCUGCGAGGGUCCCGGGCACCCCACGGGGCCCCCUGCGCCUCGCAGGGCUCGCUCGGCCACCCCGCUGCUGCCGCAGCCCGUGGGUGGCUACGAGAAGCCCCCGCGGGGCGCGAAGGGCUUCGGCCUGGCCGCCCGGGGCGCGCUCGGCCUGCGCGGCUGCCCGCGGGAGCGGCCGCUGCUCCGCGCCGCGCUCCCCUCCGCUCCCGCCGGGCCGCGCUGCUCCCAGGGGCUCUUCCCGGGGGAGAAGGGUCCCGGGGGCGCCAGGAAAGGCCGCGCCUGCGGCUGCCCUGGCUCCAAGCGGCAGGGCACGUCCGCAGGCUACUCCAGCGACUCGGACUCCAGCCUGGACUUCGGCGGUUCCAGCCCGGCCACCUCCAGCGACUCGUCGGAGGAGGAGGAAGAGGAGGAGGAGGGGGACUCGUCGUGCAGCAGCGAGGAAGGCAGCUCCUCGGAGUCAGAGAGCAGCUCGCUGUGCAGCGGGGACUCAGUGCAGAGCACUCGGUACCGGCAAGCGGCUCUGCCCCGCUUGCAGCCCCCCCGCGAGCCCUCGGGCUCCGAGCGUGCCGCGGAGCCGCCCCCGAGCGCGGGCAAAGCCCCGCGUGCCGAGCCCGGCCUCCUCUUCCUCUCGCAGCAGCUCUGGGCCCGGACUUGGCGAGCAGCAACUUUGGAAAGUUGGAGUGCGGCUCCAGCAGUGCUGGGCUCGGCGGCGCAGCCGGAGCUGCACGUGAAGCAGGAGGCCUCCCCUUCCUCCUCCUCCUCCUCCUCCUGCUGCUGCUCCCCCGCUCCCUCCCCGAGCAGCACCCCCGGGGAGAAGCCGCAACAAAAGCAGCGCGGCGGGGGGGCCGCCGAGCCCUGCUCCAAAGGGGACGAUUUGCACAAAGCAGCCUCGGACAAUAGCGGCUCGUUAGGCCCGGCCGAGCGGGCGGAGACGCGGCCCGGCCCCCCGCCAGAGCCCGGGCCGGCCUCGGUGCCGCCGCCCGGGGAGCCGCGCAGGGAGCAUUUCGACCGCCUCAUCCGGCAGUCCAAGCUCUGGUGCUACGCGAAGGGCUUCAACGUGGACGCCAAAAGUUUGCGGCUCGGCGGGAGGACGGAGCCCUGCGACCCUCCCGCGGCCAAAGGCGCUGAGAGUCCCGGCUCGGAGAGAGUCCCCAAGCGCUGCCGCGUCGCCAGAGGCGCCGAGCGACAGAGCUCCCCGAAGGGGCGGCCACCAAAGACCCCAAGGAGGAAAGCCAGGAAGGGAAACCCUCCCUGCAAGCGGCUGGGCAGCGCGGGGCCGCCCCCGCCACGCAAUUCCUUCAGUCUCAUGGGCAGCUUCCCGUGUAUUCCCUCGCUGAUCGUGGGGGACGAUGGGGACCUGUGUCCUGCCUCCUCCCUGGGCGGCAAAAACUCUUGGGCUCUCUCCAAAACUCACCCGCUCUGGAGCUGGCACCUGGGGGGCAACGCCAUGCCCGUGCCCCCCAGCCUCAAAUUCCGGGGCUAUAGCCUGGAGGACCCCUAA